CGAAGUGUGUAUUCUGCUCAUAUUCAGUCAUGCUGUAUAACUUUCCCAUGCCCACAGCGUAGCUUGGCGUCCUUGAAACAAUCAUCACUUAAAAUUAGAAUACUCCCUACUGGAGACGGGACAAACAUUGGACUGCGCUAGUUGAUACAAGCUGACAAUUGGUUUAGGCGAAACGAAAGUUAUGAUGUCACACCUUGAGUUUUGGUGCCACCCUUCUGAUGAUAUACAAAUGAUGUGAAUCACUUUCUGCUUCGCACUGGUGACACGCAGCCAUUGUCUGUAAACCCCGGGUGCCCGGAAUAUUGUGUUGUUAAAAGCUUCGAAGAAACUCUUCAUGGACUCCAGCAUGUAUUUGGAUUACCAGUAUUCUCUUCGUCUGAAAUUCAACGAAUAUGAGGAGGAAAGAAGGCCACUUUACCUCCAACAAUAUCAAAGAAGGUGGGGACAGGAUUGUGGGUGCGAAAAGAGGCGAGACGACAUGCCUCAGUUGUCAGGCGGCGGCGGCGGGGACCCGGAGCUGUGCGCCACGGACGAAAUGAUCCCGUUCAAGGACGAGGGGGAGCCUCACAAGGAGCAGAUCUUCGCCGAGCUCAGCCACUCGGAGGAGGAGGGAGACCUGGCCGACAUCAAGUCCUCGCUGGUCAACGAGUCUGAGGGAAGCCCCAACAGUAACAGCCACGAUGCGGCAAGACAGUCCCAAGACUCAUAUCACGAAAAGCACAGAGAGCAUCCUGACGAUGUGAAACAUCAGGACCUGUACAGCAAAGGCCACGGAUACUCAAGCUACCCCAGCUACAUCAUGAUGGGCAACAUGAACGACUCCUACAUGACCAAUGGCUCCCUCUCGCCUCCCAUGCCCAGAACGUCCAACAGAGUUCCCGUGGUGCAGCCGUCCCAUGCCGUCCACCCGCUCACCCCGCUGAUCACGUACAGCGACGAGCACUUCGCCCCAGGUUCCCAUUCCGGUCAUCACCCUCAGGAUACCAAACCACAAGGAAUGUCCAGGCAUCAUGCGGGACCAGAAAUCGCCAACUUCUACUCGCUGUCUCCCGGAGGAGUGGGACAGCUCACGCCGCCGCUGGGAUGGUUCUCCCACCACAUGGUCCCGGGACCGCCGGGCCCUCACGCCACAGGGAUCCCCCACCCGGCCAUCGUCAACCCCCAGGUCAAACACGAGCCCCUGCACGAAACCGACAUCAUGCACAUGAAGCCGCAGCACGAGCAGCGAAAGGAGCAGGAGCCCAAAAGACCGCACAUCAAGAAGCCGCUCAACGCCUUCAUGCUCUACAUGAAAGAGAUGCGCGCCAACGUGGUGGCCGAGUGCACGCUGAAGGAGAGCGCCGCCAUCAAUCAGAUCCUGGGACGGCGGUGGCAUGCGUUAUCUCGGGAAGAGCAGGCUAAGUAUUACGAGUUAGCCCGCAAGGAACGGCAGCUCCACAUGCAGCUCUACCCAGGCUGGUCUGCCCGAGACAACUAUGGGAAGAAGAAGAAGCGGAAGCGGGAGAAGAUCCAGGAAUCAGCUGCGGGUACGGGCCAGAGAAUGAAAACGGCGUACAUCUGAGAAAAUGGAGGAAAACGGAACAACUUCUCCACAUGCAAAGCGAAGGCAGCCGCUGCGGGGCCUCUGCUUGAGAUGGAGGCCUGAUAAGAUUCCAUGAAGACCCUCAGAGGACCAACCCCUGCCCAGCCCCCUUCCCCACCACCGAAACUACCCCAACACUUUUCACCUCACACCGCUUAAAAGUUACACGUCACACUCUCCCUGUUGGAAAGACACUGAACUGAACACGACAAUCACCGUCACUCACGUUCUUUCACUCAAAGUGUGCGCGUGUGUUUGUGUGUCACUCCCUGUACACACACAAAUCUCGCACCAAUAAUCAACACACACCACCUGCACACUCCAACUAAGUUAUUUUUAAGUUAUUUGUUCGCUCUUUUGUCAAAUUCAGGAGUGAGAAACUGAACAGGCCACGAGAAAUUAACUAAAAGCUUCCAAAAUCGGUGAGCACAAAUUUUGAUACUACACAAUCAUAAAUAUGUGGACUAUAUUUUUCCAGAAAUGUAGUUUAAGGCCCAUGGGGCGCCCCCCCCCAGUUGGCUCGGGUCAACAUUCCCACUUUUUCACUGGAGUCCAGCGACCAUUUCGGGGUACCUGCCCCCCCCACCCCGACCCCUCCCUCCGACCAAACGGACCAAUCGCCUCUUGUAGAUUGCACUAAAGGAACAUGGAGGGAUUUCUUCUCAUCUCAUCUCCACACAUUUAUUUUAAUUUUAUUUUUGAAUAGGUUGGACCAGCGACUUGGCCAAAAGGAUCAACCUUUUAUUCCAUUUACUUUUUUUUUUUUAAAUCAUCUUGAGCCCUUGUUUUAUCAUGGUGUGCAUUUCUUAUAUAUGAACAUAAGCUUUGAAAGCCAUUUUUUCCCCUUUUCUUUCUUUUUCUUUUUUUGAAAUCUUGUAAACUAAUGCUGUGAGUGGGUGAAUGUGUGUGUGUACGUUUUCCCCAGGUCAUUUUCCUUGGACUUUGAUUUUUUUCAGGCAACAUGCGAGAGUGAGGCCUAUAUUUUGUGAAUGGACAUGCAGACAAAUGAAGCAGAUAUUAUAUUUACCCCAGCACUUGACAGUCUCUUUUAUUGCAAUGGACCUUUUUUCCCCCCUUCCUCCUGGUAGCAAAAUGGUGAGCUCUUUGUUUUGUUUUUUUUGUUUUGUUCUGUCAUCCCCCCCCCCACCCCACUCCCACGCAAGCAUCUCUGUAAUAUUUUCUCUAUUUUACUAUUGCUCCACGAUGAUGAUGAUGAUGAUGAUGAUUUUGAUGAUGAUGCCUAUCCCGUGUUAUACGAUGUGGGGUCGCUGUCAUCUUGGAGGAGCACUUUUGCUUCCCAAGUGGUCGUCUUUGAAAUGUUUCCACGUUUUUUUUGUUGUUUUUUAAGAAAAAUCAAUAAAAAGGCACAAUUUGCUUAUUUGA